UUUAUAUAAUGUGGUCCCUUGUGCAACGACAACAACGACUACAGCUCACAACAGUGAGAUGAAGAUGGAGAUGGAGAAGGCAGGUCCGUACGUCGGAAUAGUUGUGGUGCAGUUGGCGCAGGCGGGGCUGAUGAUAGCCGGCAAGGUCGCCAUGUCCCACGGCAUGACCACCUUCACUUUCGCCUUCUACGCCAAUGCUCUCUCUUCCCUUCUCCUUCUCCCAAUUUGUUCCAUCAUUUACAGAUCCGAUCGUCCUCCGCUUCUGCCCUCCUUCUUGUGCGGGUUUUUUCUGCUGGGAUCCAUCGGUUUCCUUGUGCAGAUAUUGGGAUACAGCGGACUUCAGUAUGCCUCGGCCACCAUGUCCACCUCAAUGCUCAACCUCCUUCCUGCUUUCACUUUCCUCUUUGCUGUCAUUUUAAGGAUGGAGAAAUUCAAGCUCUCAAGUUCAACUACUCAAGCUAAAUUAAUCGGGACAGUGGUGUCAAUCAUCGGCGCUCUUGUACUAACUCUCUAUCAAGGCCCUACAAUUUUUGAGAAUCCGCAGCAUUUGAAUGCAUCUUCCCCAACUCUUCUUACACCUUCAUCAGCAUGGCUGUUGGGGGGAUUACUUCUUGCAAUCGACACAAUCGUGUCUGCUCUAUUCAUCAUCGUGCAGGCAUUGGUCCUCAAGAAAUGCCCGGCAGAGCUGAUUCUGAUGCUCUUCUACAGUUGCUUCGUCGCCAUUUUAUCUGCAGCCACGUCUAUGGUGAUAGAGAAAAACCACGACGCCUGGAGCCUCAAAGAUAAGACGAGGCUGAUCCCUGUCAUAUACUCGGCGCUUUUCGGCAAUGUAUUCCAGGUUUCGAUUAUUAUGUGGUGUGUGAAAAGAAGGGGUCCUCUCUUUGUAUCUGUGUUUCAUCCAUUGGGUGUCAUAUUUGCCAUUGCUAUGGGCAUCAUCCUCUUGGGAGAGUCGAUGUAUCUUGGAAGUAUCGUGGGAUCGAUUGUUGUGGUGAUUGGGUUUUAUUCAGUGAUAUGGGGAAAGGCUAAAGAAGCCCAGCAGAUUCACCAAAAAGACAUCCCAUCGGAUAAUGUUGCACAAAAGAUGCCUCUGUUACACCAUACUGAUUUGACUCAAUCAGCACUGUAAUCGAAGUAUAGUGGCAUAUGGUGAAACAAAUACUCUUUCCGUCCCAUUGAAAGAUUAUUAUUUUUCAUUUUCGUCCGUCCCAAAAUAAGGUUACUAUUUUCUAAUUUAGUAAUUGUACUACCUACUUAACAUAAUAAAUAUCCUUUCAGCUUACACUA